GCGCAUGCGCCAGAUAACAGGAAGCGUUAACAUUUUUGUUGUAGCGGCAGCUGAUAGCUCCACUGUCAACAGGGAAGGCUGGGACGUCUGCCGCCGCUUCAAACACGACAAAUAAACCCCUCCAGGAGAGAACAGAGGUCAAAGCAGCCCAGGAAGUACUGCGUGUUUGGGAGGCAACCUGAGUCGCUGUCCGACCACCAGUCCAGGGAGGAGGCCCAGCCCCCCAGCCGUCUCCUGCACAGGCCGCUAUGAGCUCCAGAGGGAGCGGAGGCCGAUCCAACGGCACGCUGCCGCAGACCAAGAUCUGCCAGUUCAAGCUGGUGCUGCUGGGGGACAUGGCUGUGGGCAAGUCCAGCCUGGUGCUGCGCUUCGUCAAGGGACAGUUCGAUGAGUUCCAGGAGACGACUAUAGGAGCUGCCUUCUUGGCUCAGUCGGUGUGUCUAGACGACACCACGGUGAAGUUUGAGAUCUGGGACACGGCGGGUCAGGAGCGAUACCACAGCCUGGCACCCAUGUACUACCGCGGAGCUCAGGCCGCCAUCGUCGUGUUUGAUAUCACUAAACCGGAGACCUUUGAGAGAGCCAAGGCCUGGGUGAAGGAGCUGCAGAGGCAGGCCAGUCCUAACAUCAUUAUCGCUCUGGCUGGAAACAAGGCCGACCUGUCCGAGAAGAGACUGGUAGAGUACGAGGAAGCCCAGACGUAUGCUGAGGACACCGGCUUGCUGUUCAUGGAGACCUCUGCCAAGACAGCCAUGAACGUCAACGAGCUUUUCUUGGCUAUCGCGAAAAAGAUGCCAAAAACAGACACCCAGAACCCAACACAUGCAGCACGACAUCGAGGAGUAAACCUCCAGGAUCCAGACGCCCACUCCACCCGAGCCUGCUGUGGUGGGAACUAACGCUCCAGAACCGACCCUGCUGUUCCCCCCCCCCCCCCCCCCCCCCCCCCCCCCCCAGCCCUGAAACCAUCACGUCGUGUCUCAGCAACAUGCAGGGGUGAGCCUGAUGUCUGGAAACCUGGUGUCCACUCACCUCUGUACGCUCCUGUCCAGGCAGACAGAAACUCAAAGGAACGGGGGAAGACAGAAGAAUGACACGAGCUGAAGCUAACGGCGCUCACACCUGAGUUCGUCCAUCCAGUGUGUUUCAGAACCUAGCAUUUCCUUUUGGAAGUUACAGGCAAAGACCGAGAAUGAGAUGUGGAAAAUCCAAAAAAAAAAAAAAUAAUAAUAAUAAAUUGUUGAAGGCAGUGGCAGGCCUGUUGUAGUAUUUAGCACUAAUAGUUAAAUUUUUGUUUCUCUCUGCCUUGCAUCAGUUCGACCCACACUUCUGUUGCAUAAAAAGGCCCAAACUGAACAGCACCUGCUUGUGAGUGGACAACAAGGAUAAAAAAAACAGCAGAAAGGGAGCUUUCUUCUUCUUCUUCUUCUUGGUGGAGCUCGCUUUGCCUCAUUCUGAACUGAUCGAACUUGGCUGUGAAUACCGCCCCAUACCCCUCUCCUGGAAUGAUCUGUACCCUUUCUGUCAUGCUUGAACUUCCCAAAAAACAAACAAAAAAAAGAUCCAUGCCGCAGUUUCUCAAACGUGUGAGCUUGGUGAAAUUUCUAGUGUGAUGGUUUAGACUUUUAUUGCCUUCUGGCUGUAAUAUUCCAGCCUGUCCAACUCAUGUCCUGUAGUCUAGAUAGAAACUUCAAUUUACUACAUGAGGCCAACAUGGAAGCUCAUAAAGAGCUAGACCUGUUUGUAUUUUACGUAUUUAUGAUGCAAUGUUGAGGAGAAAAAAAAUACCUGCAGUGUAGUGCAUGAGUAAUGACAAAGGCAAACUUUACCACAACACUAUGACACUGAUGUUGGGCCCUAAACAUUAGACUGGUAAUCUUUAAAUAUCUCUGCAGGGGGACCCAAAGCUUAGAUUUGCAUCAAAUACCAGGAUCCUGCUGUGAGGAGAUGUCUUAAACUGGUUGGUGAAGGGCUGCAUUGAUUGGGGGCGUUCUAGAUAAUGUCACGGUUUGUCUGCUUCGGUGCAUGUGAGAAUUCUGUCCUCAGAUAAUUGAUUUCCUGAGGUUGUUUGUCCAGUUAUGGGCGGGAUAGCACAAAAGAUCUAAAAUGGGGCUCAGAAUAAACCAUGUUGCUCUGAAGGAUCUUCUCUGGCCAUCUUCUGGUAAGUGUCCCUCGUUUGUCUCUCGUCACAGUGAUCUUAGAAUGCUUUAUUAAUGAACUUGUUUUCAGACGAUGCUCUUGAAACCAGUUAACUGUGCUUGGUAGCUGUCCGGCCUGGCUGAAGAAAGCAGGAAAAUAAUUGGUGAAAGACAAGAACAGAAGUGCCUACUCCCAGUUCUCUUUUUCCCUGGUGUGUGAUUUGUAGACAGGGUGCAGGAAAAGCACUUCCCCGACUGGCUUGUAUUCAAAACACGGCGCCUUGUCGUUAAGCUACACUGUAAUGGCUCUGAAUGGAGGUAAAGAAUUCUUGUCAGACACUGUAUGUCAUGUAUUGUCCUAAUUUUAAUGAACGUGUAUGUUGAUUUUAGCAGAUCACACUUGUAAACCUGGUAUGGAUUGUUCAAAGGACUCUAAUCAGUGUUAUAAAUCUAUUUGAUUUAAACCAA